UCACUAAAAAUAUUGCAGAAGUUCAAAAAUAUGCUAUCAUUCGCAUUCGUAAUCAUAUAAUACCUAUCCAUGCUACCGAGUCCUGUUCCCAUUCAGUCUUUUCCAUAAAUACCUUACCCAUACCAUUGUACAACGCCAUAGCCUAAAAACACGUCGACCCAAACUCACCAGUAGCCCGACAAGAAACCAAGCGAGACUUUACCAAAAUGCCUCCCACACUAUCUACCCCCGUAGUCGUAGCGACCGCCAUUAUCAUCAUAGUAUUCACCAGCCUCGUCAAGCUCAUCCUAGCCUUCCUCUUCGAAGUGGCAAACAACAUAGUCUUCGCCUCCUUCAACAACUUCUUCGGCGGCAUCCCACCAUUCCUUUCCCACCUAUUCGCCAUCGUCGAUCUAGUCACAUUAUGCGCCAUUGAAAUUUCUGAUUUGCUGGCCGUUGUUACAUGGUCCACCCUCCCUUGGGUCCUCGCUUAUUUCGUCAUCCGAGACAUUGUGCGAUACUGGGAUAUCUUGAAGGGUCUGUGGACUUCCGGAAAGGUUUCGGAGUCGGAGAAAUAGAGCGGACCUUCUGUUGAGGAUGUUAAGGCGGACAUACUCGGGAAGUAAAAGUCCGUUCCCCGAUGUUUGUGUAUAACGGCGGCGUUUUUGGGCAUUGUCUUGAUGACGCGGGGGCUAAUUUGGCGCAGGAUAUGAGAACGGGAUGGAAAGCCUAGGGUGCGAAACGCCGAGACAUGCAUAUUAAUACAGUUCGUAUUCGCACAGUAUCCUCAUCCAAGAUAGAAA